AUGGAGCUCUGCUGCGACGAGGAGCUCGUAUCCAUCGAGACCUCUGUGUACUUGCCGCUCGACGACGCCGCUUUGGACCUCGCCGACGACUGGUACACCACGAUGCUGCACCAAGAGCGUCUGCGCGUCGCGUUCAACCCAAGCUUUCACUACGUACAGACGCGCCGCGUCCUCGUGGACUGGACCUGUGACGUCGGCGACGCGCUGCACCUCGAAAAGUGGAUUGUGCAUACGGCCGUCAUGUACCUCGACCGCCUUCUCAGCGAAGGCGAGAAGCCGCUCCAAACCGAGCUCCAACUCUACUGCCUCUGCAGUUUGUUUAUUGCCGCCAAGACAUUUGCGCUCGACAGUGACAUUCCGUCGCUACACGAUAUGCACGCGUACGCCAACGGCCUCUACUCGACGCACGACAUUAUGCGCUACGAAGGCCGCCUCUUGCAAGCGCUGCGCUGGUCGCUCACGGCGAUGCACCCGCUGUCGUUUGUGCGCUUUUACGUGGCGUCCGCGCCGCUCUUUCCUGACGAUACGAUCCACCACCUGCGUCUGGGCGAUCCGUCCGAGAACGCCGAGCUCCUCGACCGCUACAGUGCGCUUGUCGAAUCCCUCGCCGACCUCUGCCUCUCCGAGUAUGCCUUCCUCGAGUACCUCCCGUCGAUCGUCGCCACGGCCAUUUUGGCCGUCGGGCGGCGCAUCCUCAACAUCACGCCCAUCUGGCGAAACGAGAUGGAAGCGCUGACGGGGUACGCGGUGCACGACAUGGAGGCGUGCUACCAUCACGUGUACCGGCAGUACGAAAUGCAAAGUCAGAAGCCGGGUCUGGCCGAGACGUCGCCGGCCGCAGUCUCGGACCUCUAG